CUAAACAUGUCAAUUGCCUAACAAACAGACCCAGAACUUGGCCGAGGACACAAAUAAUUCCUUCUCUCUCAAAGGACUCUAAGCUUUUCAUUUUCACAAUGAGCUCCAUCAGUGAAGCAACUACCAAAUUUUGCCUUGACCUUUUCAAAGCACUGAAUGAAGAUUAUCCAUCUGAAAAUAUCAUCCAUUCUCCUCUGAGUAUCUCAGCUGCCCUGGGCAUGGUCCUUCUUGGGGCCAGAGGUGAUACUGCUGCCCAGAUACAAAAGGUUCUUCGCUUCACUGAACUUAGAGAAAAUGAAAAUCCAGGAACAGGAAGAUCUUCAGAAGCAACAAGUGAUGUUCCUGGUGAUCAGUGUGAUAUACCUGGAGGGAUUCAUUCCCAGUUUAAUGACAUCUUCUCAGCAAUCAACAAACCUACCACUUGCUACGAGCUGGCUAAUGCCAACAGACUGUAUGGAGAAAAGACAUUCAAUUUUCUUCAGCAAUACCUAUCCUGCAUACAAAAGUUAUACCAGGCUGAAUUGAAACCAUCUGAUUUUCGAAAUGCUGCAGAGGAAACCAGAAAGCAGAUAAAUUUGUGGGUUGAAACCUUUACAAAGGGUAAAAUCAAGGAUCUCUUUGUCCAAGACAGUCUUUCUGCUGAUACUGUGUUAGUUCUCGUGAAUGCUGUCUACUUCAAAGGGCAAUGGGCAGUGGAAUUUAAGAAAGAAAACACCAAAGAAAGACCUUUUCAGAUUAACAAGACUACAAGUAAACCUGUGCAGAUGAUGUACCAUCAGGGCACGUACAAAAUAGCUACAAUAGAGGAGCAUCACAGUCAGGUGCUUGAACUCCCAUACAAGGGUGGUGACCUGAGUAUGUAUAUACUGCUGCCAAAAGACUACAUGGGUCUAACACAGCUGGAAAAGGAACUUACCUAUGAGAAAUUAUCAACUUGGAUUAGCCCCAACCAUUUGAAAGAAGAUGAAGUGGAGGUGGCUCUUCCUCGGUUCAAAAUUGAGACAACUGCUCAACUUAACAAAUAUUUAAAGGCUUUAGGAAUGACUGAUGUGUUUCACCAGAGAGUAUCAGAUUUAUCUGGAAUGGCAGAAGUAGGUCGCCUGUUUGUGAGUCACAUUGUCCAUAAGGCUUAUAUAGAGGUCAAUGAAGAGGGCACUGUGGCAGCAGCUGCAACUGGAAUUGGAAUAAGUACAACCUCACUACGUAUUCCUGUACAGUUUGUAGCUGAUCACCCUUUCCUCUUCUUUAUCAGACACCAAAAAACCAAAUGCAUUCUCUUCUAUGGUAGAUUUUCUUCCCCUUAAAGGAAAAUCUCCAAUUAAGACAAGAGAAAUCCCAGGCCAUGGAACUAUAGUACAGAAAAUACAACAGAAAUGUUAUUCUCUUCAUUUUCUCUUUUCCUUGCACUGUAUCUAGAUAGUGACUCCAUAGUUAUGAGUGAAAAUGCACACUAUGCUCAUGGUAGGACUGUGAUACUAGCACUACAGUCUUACCUUGUCUGCUCUUUUCCUCCCCUGCAAACUUGCUUCUGGUUCUUAUUUAGAGAAUGUCCCAUUCUCUCAGCACCUGAGGAAGGGCUCUUCUGCUAAGUCCUAGAUCACUAGGAAUCUCCUUGAACCAGAGCUCUGAUAACUAGUAGUGAAAUAAAGAACUAUGAAUUUUAUUAAUCAUCCUGAACUGAAUGGGUAUCAACACAAGCAUUGCCCAAACUCCUGCAGUGGAGAACCUGGCCCAAAGUUGUAGCAAUGUAACAGGUGAAUAAUCAGGCACAUUGUUUUCACAGUUAUUGUUAUUGCCCUUCUGCCACCUUUACUACUCCUGGAGGAAUUCUGUGCCAAAAAAAUUAAAAACUCUGUGCACAAUA